AUGAAGCGGGGAAGAGAAGACGAAGAGAGUUCGCGACAUGAUGAAGAUGACGGGAAGAAUGGGGGGAGUGGUGGAGAAGGCGAGGAGAAGAAGGAAGCAAGAAGCAGGGGAGAUGAGGGUGACGGUGGUGGGGAGCCCGCGGGGGACCAUGUUAAGACGGCAUCGUCUCAGGUUGGGGUAGAAAGGGGGAAACGGGAGAGUGGAACAAGCGACCAAGAGAAGGUUAGGGAAAAGGAGGAGGAGAGAGAGGAGGAUGAGGAUGAGGAGGACUGUGUUAAGAUCGAAGAAGAUAAUGACGAGGAUGUUAAGAUAGAGGAGGAGAAGGAGGAGUGUAUUGAUCUUUUGGACGAAGAGGAGGAUGAUGGCGGUGACGAUAACGAGGCGGCUGAAAUCGAGGAUGUUUCGGAGGAGGAAGGACCAAGGAAGGUGAUGAAGCUGAGCGAAGCUGCGAGGAAAUCGCGGAAGCGUGACGUGGCGGAACGGGCGGGGGGCGGGGAGGAGGGUGCAGAGGACGGGAAGGGGGAGGGACUGGCGAAGAAAAAAAGAAGGAAAUUGGGGAACGGGAAAGUGGGUGAUAUGGAGAGGAGAGAAGGGGGGAAGGGCAGCGAGGUUCCAAAAGACGGGGGCGACGGGGGUAUGCAUGAGGGAGACGGGAACGAGGAAAGACAGGAGGAGAAGGAGCGGAGAGAGGAGAGCAGUGAUGGUAGAGAACCGAGAAGAACCGAGAAGGAUGGGAAGGGGGAACGUAAUCAGGUAACGGUUAGUAGAGAUGGUGAAGGGGGAGGUGGAGGAGGAGGAGAUGAGGAGGGGGACGACGGAGCUAGGACGCGUGGGGAGCAGGGGGGGCAGGGGGAGCAAGGGGAGCAAGGGGAGAAGGGGGGAAAUGGAGAGAAGGGGGACCAGGACGAGGGACGGGAGGGGGAGCAACGACAGGAAGAGAAGGAAGAGAAGGAGGAGAUGGGAGAGAAAAAAGGGGAGCAGACGGGGGAGCAGAAGGGGGAACAGACGGGAAGCAUGGUAACCCGCAAAAAAGACAUAUCAUACGUUCUUAUUGACUUAAAGCCACGAGAGCAGACUAAGAAGACAGGGGGGAGCAGGGAUAGCAAGGGGGGAAGCGCGGGGGAGAACGGUGGGGGAGGGGGAAGCGGCGGUGCGGGAACGCCUGGGAAGGAGGAGGACGGGGGGAGUGACGAGCAGACGAAAAAAGUAGGGGCGGGUGGGGAGGCUGAUGGGGCAGGUGAAAAAGCAGGUGUGGGGGGGGCAGCGCGGACGGCAGAAGGGGGGAAGAAGCGGAAAGGCCUCCCCCCACGCUCUAGGAAAACGGGCAAGAAGGGGGGAGGGAGAGGGGGGGCGCAUGGGGGGGCCAAGGGGGGGCUGGCUGGUGCAGGGGCAGCUGGGGGAGGGCUUAUAACGGGGAUGGGGGACAAGAGGAAGGAGGCGGAUCUGGUGAAGGUGGUACCUGCGCCCAAGGGGUUGGAGAUCGAAGAUGGGCCUGAUAGGCCGGUUGUCUUAUCACGAGUGUUCCGGGCGGCACAGAUCCAGUUGAGUGAGGAUCGAUUAUCAGCGACGAGCAGCAAGGGCUAUCGCAUGGUUCUAGCAACAAGGGGAGUGCUGGAAGGCGCGUGGUCACUCACUUCCCCACACUCCCCUCACUCUCUCCCUCCCCUCCUUCCCUUACUCCGUCUGCAGUUGAGUGAGGACCGAUUAUCAGCAACGAGCAGCAAGGGUUAUCGCACGGUGCUAGCAACCAGAGGGGUAAUGGAGGGCGCGUGGUAUUUCGAGAUCCACAUGCUGCAUCUGGGGCAGUCAGGGCACGCCCGCAUAGGCUGGGCCACACAGCGCGCCGACAUGCAGACUCCAGUGGGGUUUGACACGUGGGGGUUUGGGUUCCGGGAUGUGGAUGGGAGCGUGGUGCAUCAGGCAGUUAGGAGGGCGUAUGCUGGAGGAUCGCUGGAUUUUCCUCCGCUGCCUCCUUCCAGUGCUACUGUCACUGCUGCUGCUUCUGCUGCGGCUGCUGCUACUGCUGCUGCUGCUACUGCUGCUGCCGCCACUGCUGCUGCGCCGGCUGCUGCUGCCGCUGCCGGUGGUGACAUGGAAAAUGCACCUGACAGGAAAGAUCCACCUGAAAAUGCAUCUGCACACCCUGAAACCACUCACAACCGUUCCCAACCCCACCCUGCGGGAGACAUAAGCAAGCGGGCGCCGGGGUACGUGGAGGGCGACGUGAUUGGCUGCUACAUCAGCCUGCCAGGUGGCGCCAGGCUGGCACCCAAGCCGCGGCCACUGGUGACGUGGAAGGGGCAACCGUGCUACGUGGAGAGCGAGGAGAGUGCAAAAGGAGGGCCCCCUGUGCCUGGAAGUGAAAUCGUGUUCUUUCGCAAUGGGGUGAGUCUGGGCACGGCGUUUAAAGACAUUCCAGCGGGCAGAUACUUCCCGGCAGCUUCCCUCUUCACGCUGCCCGACCAAUCAGAGGGCGCCACCGUGCGCUUCAACUUCGGGCCGAAUUUCUCACACCUGCCCGCGGACUGGGGCAGCCGGCCUGUGCCUGGAGCUUUUUCGGAUGCCCCACACAUUCCUGCUUCGGAAUAUGAAGCUGAUCUUGGGGAUGAGGGGGAGGGGAAGGAGAGCAAGGAUGGGGAGGGUAAAGAAUGGAAGGAUGGGGAGGGGAAAUAUGUGGAGGGGAAGGAAGGUAGACAGGUAAAGGAGGAGGAGGAGGAGGAGGAGGAGGAGGAGGAGGAGGAGGAGGAGGAGGAGGAGGAGGAGGAGGAGGAGGAGGAGGAGGGUCGGAGCAAAGGGGGGGAAAUCGUAAAGGAUGAGAAAGAGGAGGAUGAAGGUAAAGAGGGAGGAGAGACCAAGGAUGGAAAGCUAGAGGGUGGAGAGGAGGGAGAGCGGAAGGAGGAUGCGAGGAAUUGUGAGAUGGAUGAGGAAGAGGGGAAGGAGGUGAAGAAAGAGAGGGAGGACAUAGACAAGGAAAUGAAAGGAGAGGAGGAUGGUGUGGGUGAUAAAGAGGGGAACGCCAACGAGAAGGGUGGGUUACAAGAGGACGAGAGGGAGGGAGAAGCGGGGAGUGCACAUAUUACUGAGGGGGGAGAAGCGGAUGGAACUAGGAAUGCGGAUGGAGAGGGAGGAUAUCAUUUUUCAGGGGAAAUACCCCCAUUUGACGAGGCAAUGCUGGAGUCGUUCCGGCUUUCUGGGGAGAUUCUUGCUGACGUGGCAGCGGCGUUUGACCACGCCAGGUCAACGUUUGCAUGUGUGGAGCCCACGUGUCCCACAGAUACCACCUUCACCUCUGCUGCUUCGGCCUUCCCUGCUGCUGCCGUCUCACCUGCUUCCGUCUCACCUGCUGCUGUCUCACCUGCUGCCGUCUCCCCCUCGCGUGAACGUCUGUCCGCCCUGCUACAGCCGGCCGCACCACCAUCAGGUGCACCAGAGCAAGCGCAUGCUACAGCCGACACACUGACUACCGCUACUGCUUCUGCUGCAGUUACAGCUGGCCUCGCCUUCAGCCUGUCCGCCCCGCUACAGCCGGCAGCAGCGCCAUCAGGUGCACCAGAACGAGCAUGUGCUACAGCCGCUAGUCUGAGCAUUGCUGCUGCUUCUGCUGCAGCCGGCCCUACCUCACCAGCAGCAGCAGUACUAUCCGCGCCCAAUAGCCCAGCCGCUCCACACUCCUCCCAACCACUUCGUCUCGCACACACACCACCUGGCAGGUUGGGACAACCCUCUCCGCCCGACCCGUGCCGCCCAGCAGCGUUUCCUCUUCUGUGUCUGCCCCAGUGUGUCCCUGUACCUCCUCUUAGCUUUGCUCUUCCCACACCAUCCCCCUGUGCCGAGCCCAAACCACCUGCCCGUGCUUUCCCCAUACGAUCUUCCCCACCAGCAAAUCUGCCUGUAGCACCAACGGUAACCCCACCUGCCAGACUGGUUGUAGCUGCAGCGCCAGUCACAUCAGCCAGCCCGGCUGUAGCACCAACGCCAACCACAUCAGCCAGCCCGGUUGUAGCCGCGACACCAUCCCUGCCUUCAAAGCUGGCUAUAGCAGCAGCGACAACCCCACCAGCCAGCCCGGUUGUAGCACCAACGCCAACCCCACUAACCAGCCCAGCUGUAGCAGCUACACCACUCGCUGCUGCCACUCCCUUAGAGGCCUGCGAUAGCCAAGGCAUGAGCAGCAGCAGCAGCAGCCACAACAGCCACAGCAGCAGCAGCAGCAGGAGCAGCAUCAGCAGCGGAAGCCGCAGCAAGAGGAGGAGGGAGGGGGGAAGCGGAUCUUGUGAUAAUCCUACCUGCGAGGAACAACAUCUCUCCAUGCAUUCAGGGAGAAUGGUAACAGCACCGCCUCUCCAGGGUCUUGAGGGGUUUACCAGGGCUGUGAGGGAGGGGGUGGGCGGAGUGGCAUCAACAGCACCGCCUCUCCUGAGUCUUGAGGAGUUUACCAGGGCUGUUAGGGAACGGAUUGCUAUGGCGGGUGGGGGUGUGGGAGGUGGAAGGGUCGAAGGUGGGAGGGUGGGGGAUGGGAGUGUGGAGGGUGGGAGUGUGAGAGGUGGGAGUGUGGGAGGGUGGAGUGUGGGGGAUGGGAAUGCAGGAGGAGGGAGUGUGGGAGGAAGGAGUGUGGGGGGAGGGAGUAUGGGAGGGGGGAGUGUGGGAGGAGGGAAUGUGGGAGGCGUGACUACCGGUUGUGUGACUGUAAUGCAGCCUGACGCUGUUGCUGCAGGCUGCGAGGUUUCUGUAGGUGGGAGGAAGGAACUGGAGGGGAGUGGGAGCAAGAGGACAGGCGUGAAAGGGAUUGCGGUCGGCAAGGCGUUCGCGUCGCAGUACUAUACCGUGAUGCACACGCAACCGCACGACGUGCACAAGUUCUACGUCGACGAGAGCAAAUUCACGCGCGCCGAGCGCCUCGGCAUUCCCGGGGAAACCGUGACGACCAUGCAGGGUAUCCACACCAAGGUGAUGUCGCUGGAUUCAUGCGAAGUCAAGGCGGAAAUCAAAUCCGUGGACUGCCAGGAAUCUCUCUCCGGCGGCGUUCUCGUGGUGGUAACCGGCGCGCACUGUUACAGCAGCAGCGAGCGACGCGGCUUCGUCCAGAGCUUCUUCCUCGCGCCGCAGCAGAACGGCUUCUACGUCCUUAACGACAUCUUCCGGUUUCUAGAGGACGCGCCGCCGCCGCAGCCGCCCGCCGUAGUUAAACACGCCGUCGGCGGGGGUACUAAGUCGGCCGCGUCGGCCUCUGGAUCAGCUGCAGCUGCUGCUGCGGGGGGUGCGUCUCAGGCAGGUUUGUUGAACGGGCACGCGGCGGAUCAAGCAGCGGGAUCCCGGGAGGUUACAUCUGUGGAUCAUGCGGUGCGAGAUGUAACGGUCGAUGAGGCGUCCCAGGCGUCCGCGCCUGCCGCCGCGCCCAGCGCCGCAGCCGGCGGAGCCGAGGCUCCCCCGGCCGCGGACGACGGCGCUGCGGUGGAGGAGGUGCAGGUGAUUCGGGAAGUGCCUGAGUCGGUCGUUUCCGUGGAUCAGGGCCAAGGGCAGGGUCAAGGGGCGGGAGUGGGAGCCGCCGCAGCAGCGGCGGAAGGGGAGAAGGCGGAAGCGUCUGUUGCGCCUUCCGCCCCAGUUUCCGCGCCUGCUGUCCUUCCGAGUCCUGCGGGCGGGGAAGCGGCUGCGGGAGCCACACCUGCGUCAGCUGUAGCACCAGCUAUAGCAGCUGCACCCGCAGCAGCAGCAGCAGCAGCACCGCCUGCAGCAGCGGUAGCGCCUGUAGCAACUGUAGCUCCAGCGGCGGCGGCAGCACCAGCUGCAGCGGCGGCACCUGCUACUGCGUCUGCGUCAGAUGAACCGGCCCCUAAGAAGUCUUACGCCUCUAUU